UCGUUAAGUAAAAAAAAGAUACGAUUUGCGCCGCCCACUCGUCCGUGUUGUUUUCAUGCGGUCACGUGGUCCGAGCUAGCACCGCCCCCGGGACAGGACAGACCACGUGACCUCGCGGCCCGGCCGCCAUCUUGUUUUGAGUUCCCCGCACACUGAGGAGGUGGCGGAGGGAGCGUGACGUGUCGUGACGUAACGAGGACUAUCGCGACCCGAGCGACAGCUGUAGAGAAACGCACGGAGGGAGGGAGCCGGAGAGGGGCCCCUGUGGCAGCGCGGAGACCGAGGGACGCGCUGGGGCCUCGGGAGGGACAGAGUCGCCUCGGACGUAACGCGCGGGCCUCACGUAUCCACGCAGCAAUACAGGCCUCACACUCUCACGCACAUAUCUCUCUAUACUCCCAUAUAGGCCUCAGCUCCUCACACCGACCCCCGCCCACUGGCCUCCCACACCGACCCCUCCAAUGACAGUCUCUUCGCGCUCAUAGGCCUGAGGCGGCCACACACUCUCUGACCCCUGCGGCGCCCCGUAGCCUCACAUCUGCCUCCUACACAGGGGCCACUCACAUCAACUCCCUGUAUCUACAGCCAGGGGCCACUCACAUCAGCUCCCUGUAUCCACAGCCAGGGGCCACAUACUCACAUCAGCUCUCUGUAUCCACAGCCAGGGGCCACUCACAUCAGCUCCCUGUAUCCACAGCCAGGGGCCACAUACUCACAUCAGCUCCCUGUAUCUACAGCCAGGGGCCACAUACUCACAUCAACUCCCUGUAUCUACAGCCAGGGGCCACUCACAUCAACUCCCUGUAUCUACAGCCAGGGGCCACACACUCGGAUCAUACAGAAAUCUGUCAAUCUCCAUAGCCAGGGCCCUCAGUAUCUGUGUCCAUACAAGCAGAUUCCAUAGAGGGACAGAAGGCAGUUCAGUAUAUAGAGGCAAGAGAGGGCUCUGGGGUAUAUAGAGAGUUCGGUAUAGACUGUCCCAUUGCACAAGGACUUACCCAGAGGCAUUGGCUCAUUAUAGAGGGGCAGCACUGGGUGUUAGAGUCCUGUACAGGACAAUACACUCACACACAUUAGCAAAGACAUAUACAUGUUGGGGCAGUUAUUGGCCCUUUUCUGAGGGCCCCUUAUAAGGAGCAUUAGCAACGGAGCAUGAAGUAGGGAAACCACAGAGGCCUAAACCAGUUCUACAUACAAACCUGUAUAUAUAUAGAGAGGGCUAUAGCCACGCCAGCCUGGUAGCCAGAGGGCAUCAGAGAAGCACAUGUUUACUGGUACUGACUGUCAGUUUAUACAUAGGCGGCAGUGAGGCUGGUUUACAAUUGCGCUGGUACCGCAGCACUGAAGGGACUAAUCACGCAUGUCACCCAGGAGAUUUCAGGGUUAAUUACAUGUAUGUUCUGUAUGUAGUGACCCACACACGUAGAGAAAGGAGGGACGCGUGUAACGUCUGGGCUCAGACACUUCUGUAGUGGCCAGCGCUGGGCAACAGGGCCGGAAUAUUGUGUGUUCUGAAAACUUGCACAGAACUCACCAGGACUGGACCCCGGGGCCCAAAACAUCCUUGUACUGAAGGACCCGCCCCCUGUAGCUCCUCCCACCCUGCUUAAAGCUGCUACACAGGACAACAUUGAGCUCUUAAAGUGGCGGCAAGGGACGUUGUGCCAGCAGCUCUGCAAGAGAUGGGGUCAGUGACCCCCAUUUGAAAGCUGGAAAGAGUUAGAAGAAGAAGGUACCUGAACACUCAAUCAAUAUGGCUGCCGAAACCCUAAACUUUGGGCCUGAAUGGCUCAGAGCACUAUCCAGUGGGGGGUCCGUGGCCUCCCCACCCCCCUCCCCCGCUAUGCCAAAGUAUAAACUUGCUGAUUAUCGCUACGGACGAGAGGAGAUGUUAGCACUUUAUAUCAAGGAGAAUAAGGUUCCAGAAGAAAUGCAGGACAAGGAGUUUGCUGUGAUUCUCAAUGAGGAACCCCUGCAGCCUCUGGCUCUCCUUCCACUCACUGAGGAGGAGCAGAGGAACUUCUCGUUAUCGGUGAACAGUGUUCCAGUGCUUCGAUUAAUGGGGAAAGGGGCAGCAGCAGCAGCACCAGCAUCUAGUGGGACAACAAGAGGCAGAGGCACCACUCGUGGGAGAGGACGAGGUCGAGGAGAUUCCGUUCCUUACCCACGAACACUAGAUGAGCAAGACUCUGGGUUUGGCCGCGGUGGAAGAGAGAUUCAUCGGAGUCAAAGUUGGGACGACAGGGGGGAGCGGAGGUUUGAGAAGCCGGUUCGGCGAGAGGCUGUCCGUGUCGGGUUUGAAGAGUCUGUUGCCCCCUCACGGAAGGAGUUUGCCCGGUCAGACAGUGACAACUGGCGCACAUUGCGUGAAGGACAAGAGGAAGAUGAGGAUGGCAACUGGAGACUGGCUGUGACUAGGAGAGAUGAGAGGUGGAGAUCCACCAGUCCUGGUGCCAACACUGGAGACGCUCCCCGCUCGGCUGGUUGGAGGGAUAAUGGGGAAAGGCGCAGAAAGUUUGAUUUUGAAGCUGUGCGUGAGGAAAGCGGCUCUACAACCCGUUCUGGUGCACAAGAAGAUGAGAGGGACGGCCUCCCAGAGUGGUGCAUGGAGGAUGAAGACGAUGAGAUGGGAACUUUCGAUUCCUCUGGGGCUUUCUUAUCCUUUAAGAAGAGUCCUAAAGACACCAUCAUGGAGGAACAAGAGCUGGAGUUCCAGGGAGUUGAGGAAGAAGAGCAGAACGCAGAGGAGGGAGCUCUUGGGCCUGAAGAUGAAGAUUCCUCUCUUGUCCAUGAAGAUGCUGCCCUGGAAGUUGCUUCCACUUCUUCUGAUCCCCCCAACCUGAUAUGGGGAGGGGCAAUGUAUGUUGAUGGUGAAGGAGAGAGAUGCCCUGAAGUGCCCUCUGAUGAUGGAGAAGAGGUGUUGGAGGGAGAGAAGCAGCAGGGAGCAGGAGAGGAAGGUGAUCCUGGAACUUUCAUUCACCAGUCUCUGUCCCCUCUUUCCACCCUCCCUCCUACCUCCUCCUCCCCCCCAGUUGCUGCUACUGAAUUCACUGUGGGGGAUCCAGAGGAGGAUGAAGGAAUGAAGCAUCUCCAGCAGGAAGCGGAGAAGCUGGUGGCUUCCCUACAAGAUUCUUCCCUGGAAGAAGACGGCUUCUCCUCCACUCGCUCUCACAACGCUGCUGCUCUCCCACUGUCUCAUGAAGCUGCAAUGAAAUGGUUCUACAAGGAUCCACAAGGGGAGAUUCAGGGUCCAUUCACCACGCAGGAGAUGGCAGAGUGGUGCCAGGCUGGAUACUUCACCAUGUCCCUGUUAGUGAAACGAGGUUGUGAUGAAGGAUUCCAGCCCCUUGGGGAAGUCAUCAAGAUGUGGGGGCGUGUUCCCUUUGCACCCGGGCCCUCCCCUCCUCCCCUGCUGAGUAAUAUUGAUCAGCAGUGUCUGAAGAAGCAGCAGGAAUUAGCUCUGUACCAGCAGCUGCAGCACCAGUAUCUGCUCCAACUCAUUAACAGGCAGCAGUACCCCCAAAAGACUGGCGAUCUGACUCCCCAGCAGCAGCAGCAAUUGGCUCUUUUCCUGCAGCAACUGAACCCUUCAAAAUCCAGAUCAUCUGAGUCUGCUCACCUCCCUUCUAUGAAUAGAUCUCUCUCUGUGCCAGACACUGGAUCCCUGUGGGAUCUACAUACCUCAGCUACGCAGACUUCAGGUGGGGACCCUGCACUGUGGGACCUGCCUACUACAGCUGCAUCUCAGGGGCCAACAUUGGAACAGCAGCUGCAACUGCAUCAGAAGCUGCAGGAACGCCGAGAUGCUGAACUCAGGGCCAAGAGGGAAGAGGAGGAGAGAAAGAGACGAGAGGAAAAGAGACGUCAGGAAGAGCAGAAGCGACGAGAGGAAGAGGAGAUAUACAGACGCAAGCAGCAGUGCCGCCAGCAGCAAGAACUGCUCUUGAAGCUUCUCCAGCAGAGUGGCCAGCCAUCUCCACCAGCCUCAUGGGGGUCUCACGGGAAGGGACUGUCUCUUAAAGCCAUGCUGGAGAUGCAGGAGAGAGAGGGGCAGCUACUCAAGCAGAGAGGACAGACAUCACGGCCAGGGCAUGGAAGUCUGGGAAUGUCCAAUGCUUCUGUUCUGCCCUCUCAGUGGGGGAAUGACUCUGGUUCCCUUUGGGGUGGGCCUGACAAGAGCCUUUGGGAUGAUGGUGUAAAAUCUGCAACCAGUUGCAGGGGGCUCCGUAACAGCAGGAGUAGCCCGUCUCUGACAGAUACAUACGCUGCCUCUGCUCGCCGCAAGAAAACCGAAGAGGAAGAGAAGCUUCUGAAACUUCUGCAGGGAUUCAAACCGUCUGACGGUUUCACUCAGUGGUGUGAACAAAUGUUACACAUCCUCAACACAUCCAACAACGUGGAUGUCCCUACAUUGGUGGCCAUUCUGAAGGAGUUGGAGUCGCCCUACGAUGUUCAUGAUUAUAUUCGAUCCUGUCUGGGAGAGACUCUCGAAGCCAAAGAAUUCGCUAAACAAUUCCUUGAACGGAGAGCAAAAUACAAAGCCAGCCAGAGGCAGCAGGUUCUGGAUACCGCCUGGCUGGCUCCAUCAAUGUUCCCGUCAUCCCAGAAUUCCAAGCCAAGCGCAUAUGAUACACAAAGCAACAAAAUGAAGAGGAGGAUCCAAAUGUUACACUCAGACCCCAGCAUUUUGGGUUACUCCCUCCAUGGCUCCUCUAAUGAAAUGGAAGCCAUUGAUGACUACUGAGGAGACGUCUUUUUCCCUGACGCCAUUUUUAAUUUCAAUUGCCGCCCCAGCAGCGGCGCCUAAUGCACUGCAAACUCUCCCCUCCCUCUCGAAGAGGUUUAGGGGCUUAUAGACUGGGAGAGAAACGGGGUACUUGGUAUCUCAGCCAGAGCCAGGGAGGAGGGGGUGGAGCUACAAAUAAGGGGAAACCCCUGUCUCCUCCCUCCACUCCCCAAAACAUGAUGCACUCAUUUUAAAGCACCUUAAAAAAUGCACUUUACAGAAACUGAUCAAAAAUUUGAACUAUUCCUUUUUUGUUUUGUUUUUUUUGGCAUUUUUGUUGUUCUUUUGUUUUUUUUUAUAUAAAAGUUUUUGAAAACCAUCCGAAAAAGGAGGGAAAAACUGGAUAAUAGUGACUUUUUGACUGUUUAUUAAUAGUUUAACAUUUAUUGUUGCGUUGACUUUUUUAUUUUAUGACUAUUUUUUAACUUUUGACAGUUUCUGACUUUUUUUUUUUUUGUAUCCAAAAGUGAAGUUUUCGGGCUAAGAAAAAAAAAACUAAAAGAAAAUUAUUUUGAAAAAAGAAAAAUGCAGCCAAAAACACUUAUUUUUUUGUUAGUCUUUUUUCCUUGAAAUCUAUUUUUGUUUAAAAAAAAAAAAAAGAAAAAGAAAUAAAAAAAAAAAAGAAAUGGAAAAAUCUUAAAAGAUUAAAAAAAAAAAGCUUCGAUAUUUUUUUUUUUUGCGCUUUUUUUUAGCAAAGCGGAAGAAUUCCGCUUUGAGUUUUCUCUUGGAGAGAGGAGCGGUUGAUCCAUCAAAACUUGAAAGAAUGCACUUAUUUAGCUAUUUUUGAGGGGGGGAGAUAUUUGCAUUUUAAUGGUUCAUUUUUGCACAAAUAUAAACAUUUGUUUUUGGUAAAAAAAAAAAAACUGAUAAAAAAAAAAAGUUUCCGCCCCUCCUCUCCGGGCUUGGAAAUUUCCUGUUUUGUCCCCUCCGAAGGAUCGUUCUUCUUUCCGAGGCUUUAUUCCCUGUGUCCUGUGAAGGAUGUGAUGCCACAGUGGGCGGGAACACAACGGCGUUUUCUACGGACUAAGAGGCGCCUGUUACCAGCCCAAAAAAGCCCACGUAGCUCCUCCUCCUGCAGCGGGAGGGGCGUGGCUACACCUCUGCUCAUUCUCAUUGGGGAAAGACUGAAUAUCACUUUCCUUUUUAAAGGGACUGAUUGGUUCGUAUGGUACCUGCUCAUCACAGAUGUGUUUUUGGUUUGUGUUUUAAUCCUGCUUUUGUUUACAAAUGUCCUGGAGAAAGGACGCCAUUGCUAACGAUGGAACAGUGGGAGUGUCCUCCGACGGGGCGGGACCAUGCCCAAAGCUACAAAAAGAACUUGCCUGAGAGGGCGGGAUAUGGAGAAAGCGUUUUAUUGGGUGUCUGGUGCAAUUGCCUUAAUUUCGACAUGGAAACUCUACGCUGCCCCGAGCGCAAGGAUCUUUUACAGACAAUUUUGGGAAAUGAAGCAGCAGAUCCCACUCUUGGCAGCAGAUAAGGAUGUCCCUUAAUUACCAACCACCCAACACUUGUCUGUCCCACUGUACGCAGCGACUUGUGGGGCUCAGACCACCGUGAAAAUGUGACUGGCGACUCCCGUACACCUGGAAGUGGAGUCCCAAACAAACCAGUGUUUCUGGCUGAAUUGGCCACAGACUCGUUAUUGUGACACUUGUGUGUUGUGUAAAUAGAACUGCAGCUCAUUUGCCUAAAUCCACCUGUUUUAUGCCUAAAAAGAUGCUCCUUUUUUUGUUUUGUUUUUUUUUUUGCUGUGGGUUUCAUGUGUAUCUUUGCCACAAGAAUGUAUUCGGGCAGGAGCUGGCAUCCAGCAAUGUUACUGCCGCUGCAGCCCCCAGGGCGGGCGACGUGUGUUCCCUGGCGGGGAAAUGUAAAUAGUUAAGGCCCUUGUGCAGGCUCAGUAUUGGGGGGGGGUGUCCAGCAAAAGGGGGGUCCCUGCGAUUGCAGUGUGUAUAAAAUGGGGGGAUUUUUCCUUUGUGUACUGUGCUGAAUGUAACACAAGUUUGUACAUAUGAUCACACACCCUAUCAUGUGUAGGGCUGGAAAUAGCCACGCCCCCUUGUAAGUAUCUCCUCCCCAUCCACAGUCGUGGCCUAUUCCAGCCCUGCACCCACCCAGAGGUGUGAAUGUAUACAUUUCUAUAUCAUUGUGGUACACUGUGCUCUAUAGGGUGUAUACAUGCACAUCCCUGUGUCACGCUCUGUAAAUAAACCUCUCAUCACGCGUGUGUGUGUAGAGAAACGUGUGCACUGCUGUGUAUAAAUACACACACACACACACACACAUAUAUAUAUAUCGAAAACGGAUUAUAUUGGUUUUAAAACUUGUCUAAUUUGUUGCGUAUGGGGGCCGUAGAAAUGUAUCAUUUUGUUUAAGUCAAAUCCAAGUCCCAGCCAACCAGAUUCAGGGGGAAGUGACCCUUGUUUGUGUAGUUACCCAUAGGAACCAAUCAGAUCUGCUGAGAAGCGGUAGCCGCACUCGCUCAUUGGUUCCUGUGAGGUCCUAGAGCUUCAGCCCCUCCUUCCCUUGGGUUCCUUGAUUUCAAUAUCUGCUUUGGUAUCACAACUGCAAUGGAGUGUUUAACUCUGCCCAUUUAGUGUCAAUAUUCAAUUGAUCCAAAAAAUGUUGUUAAAAUCCGGGCUGUGUGUGUGUUUAUACUGGUGCCUAGUUGUACACACACACACAUAUCUAUACACACACACACAGACUUCUGUACUUACCUCUCUGGCCUCAUUCAUUUUCUCUCGUGAUAUUUUGCCUUAUUUUUCAGUAUUAAAGGUUUGAAAUGAACUGACCGCGCUGCACCGUGUAUAUAGCGCUUCCAGCCGAGGCGCUAGAGCCGGGGGCUUUUUGUUUUUAUUGCUGCAGUUUUUUGGCCACUCGCUGCUAAGGGCCGCGCCACGGACAGCUUUGUGCAUUUAGUGCCCCCCGGCUUUUUAGUUAAAUGGAUAUUCCGUGGCCUCACAAGUUGUGUGUCGCCCUGUGUUUCACAGGCAGACAUUUUGCUUCUUUUUCUUGUCUGAGGAAGUUGUGUUCCAAUAAUAUCCUGAUAAAAACCUGUAUGCAAAACAAA